AUGUUGCGAUCACUCGUUGUCGCUGCCCUUUUGGGCGCUAGCUCUGUCGCUGCUGUCAAGUGCACGCGCGACAGUCACUGUCCUGAGGACUCUCCUUGCUGCUCCACCUACGGCGAAUGCGGUGUUGGUGCCUACUGCCUUGGUGGUUGCGAUCCAACAAUGUCCUUCUCUCUUGACUCUUGUGUCCCUGCUCCCGUCUGCCAGGAUCGCAAGAUGAAGAUGAACUCUCUUGAUAGGAUUGUCGAUAUCGGCAAAUAUCUGGGCGACUCUGACAAGGCCGACUGGGUUGCGCAGGGUGAGCCUGUUGUCUUCAAGGACAACGUUCUUCUUACCAUGCCUAAGGACAGUGUCGGCACUCUCCUGUCUUCCACCGUCUACAUGUGGUAUGGCAAUGUCAAGGCUCGCUUCAAGACUAGUCGUGGCGCUGGUGUCAUUACUGCCUUCAUUCUUUUCUCUGAUGUAAAGGACGAGAUCGACUACGAAUUUGUCGGUACUGAGCUCAGCGAUGCCCAGACAAAUUACUAUUUUCAGGGAAUCACCAACUACGAGAACUCAGAAAACAUUACGCUCUCUGACACCUUUGCCAACUACCAUGACUACGAAAUCCGAUGGACUCCCGACAAGAUCGAGUGGUGGGUCGAUGGCAAGAUGGGUCGAAGCCUGGACAAGAAAGACACCUGGAACGACACCUCCAAGAACUUCAUGUUCCCCCAGACUCCUUCUCGAGUCCAGCUCUCCCUCUGGCCCGGUGGUAAGGAGGGUAACGCAGAGGGUACCGUAUCCUGGGCGGGUGGACCUAUCGACUGGGACCAUCCUGAUAUUCAGAAGAGCGGCUACUACUAUUCCGCGUUCUCUGACGUCGAGAUUGAGUGUUUCAACGCCAAGUCUGCUCCUGGUACCAACUCUGGAAAGAGUUACUGGUACAACAACGAGGUCGCUACCAACGACACAAUUGUCGAUGGUGAUAAGAGACACACUAUUGCUUCUCUGAUGGCCACUGGUGAGGAUAUGGACAAGGGAAAGAAGAAAGAAGAGAAGAAGAAGGAAGAUAAGAGUAAGGAUGAUGAUAAAGACAAGGAUGAUAAGGACAAGGACAAGGACGACGAUGAAGACGACGACGACGAGCCUGCUACAAUUCCUGGUGGCUCUAACGGUGCCCCCGCGAAUGAUCAUAGCGACGGAGACGAUAGCAGUAGUGGCUCAGGCUCAAGUUCAGGCAGCGCCCCCAAGGGUAAUCCUGAGGGCACAGAUGACACUGAGCCCGCUGACACCACCAACUGUGAUACCAGCAGCUUCAACCAAGAAUGCGGCAAGUCAGGCUCUAGUAAGAGCAGCUCUGAAGAUGGAGGUUCCAACGCUGGGUCAAGGAAUGGUGCGAGUGCGUUGGCCAUCAUCAUUGCAGGCGGAGCCCUGUUCUGGCUGUAA